AUGGGCCGGAGACCUGCUCGUUGCUACAGGCAGAUCAAGAACAAGCCCUACCCUAAGUCGCGGUACUGCCGGGGGGUCCCCGACCCCAAGAUCCGCAUCUAUGACGUGGGCAUGAAGAAGAAGGGGGUCGACGAGUUCCCCUUCUGCGUCCACCUGGUCAGCUGGGAGAAGGAGAACGUCUCCAGCGAGGCCCUGGAAGCCUCCCGCAUCGCCUGCAACAAGUACAUGACCAAAUUCGCAGGAAAGGACGCCUUCCAUCUCCGGAUUCGGGUCCACCCCUUCCACGUUCUUCGGAUCAACAAGAUGCUUUCUUGUGCCGGUGCUGAUCGGCUUCAGACUGGCAUGAGAGGCGCAUUCGGGAAGCCCCAGGGAACCUGUGCAAGGGUGGAUAUUGGGCAGGUGCUCAUGUCCGUUCGCUGCAAGGAAGGCAAUGGAGUGCACGCUCAGGAGGCCCUGAGGAGGGCCAAGUUCAAGUUCCCCGGCCGACAAAAGAUCAUUGUGAGCAGGAAGUGGGGAUUCACCAAGUACAACAGGACCGAUUACCUCAAGUGGAAGUCGGAGAACCGGGUCAUGCCCGACGGUGUGAAUGCUAAGCUCCUCGGCAGCCGCGGGCCGCUCGUCAACCGCCAGCCCGGCAGGGCCUUCUUGACUGCACCAUUGUCCGCUGCUUAG